UGGAUUAUUCUAAUCACUCGUGUCUGGUAAACUCUUACUACUGCAAUAAGCGCAGAGUCACCAAUGAGCAUCGUAAAUGGCUAAGGUUAGUAAUCAAGUCACGACCAAGCAGGCAUAAAAAUAUACCCUUGGUAGCGCCGUUGCUAUCCUGCAAAGGGCGUGUGUUUUAGAUAUAAGUGACUUGUUUCUCUCUGGAGGCACAUUUUAGACUCAACAUGGGACUCACAACAACCAAAAAUGCACGGGCACCACUUCUGGUCUUGGUUUUGCUAAGCGUCUUAUCACAGACACCUAAAGUGACCGCUGCACCACCUGGUGUCCCAGUUUCUUUUAAGGCUGUAGAUUUCAAGCCCUUUAAAACUGUAUCAGUUGAUGGAUCAGCUUGCUUCAAAGAAGGGCAGUUCAUGCCCGAUGAGACAAACCCAUGCGCCUAUUUCCAAUGUAUUUCCCACAACUUUGGUGCCAAUACAUUGGGGUUGAAAGCCCACAGAAAACUCUGUGCCCCUGGCACGGCCGUGCCUCCACAGUACGGAAAAGUCCCGGAAUUACCCGACACCAGCAAUCCUUGCGUGGGGAAGAGCAUGAGCACAGUCGAUGACUUGGCGAAUGAAAGGUGUCCCGGAGCUGAAGCGGCACCAGUUGAUGAUGGCUCAAAGGCAAGGACUGAAGACCUUGCUGUUCCCACCUGUGAGAACACGAAGUGUGACCUGAAUCUUUUCUGCUAUGAAAAAGAAGUACAGUGUGUCGCUGCCCCUUGUCUGCCAGUGCCAACUUGUGUUCCCCAGUGUGAGCUGCCGAAGAAAUCGGGCCCAUGCUUUGCCAGUGUCGAUAGAUACUUUUUCAACCAAGCAACCGGGCAGUGCGAGACUUUCACUUAUGGCGGCUGUCAACCAAACGAAAAUAACUUCGAAACUUUAGCAGCUUGUGAGAACACCUGUGGGAGGCCCACUCCUGCAAUCACUUGCGCCAACACAUUGUGUAGCCCCGACACAUUUUGCGUAGACCGACCAUUUGACUGCUUCGGGGAUAAUUGUCCGUUCAUCGCCCCAAAGUGUCUAACUGCGUGCGAGUUCCCCAAGAAAAUCGGUCCAUGCAGAGCCAGCAUCCCAAGAUUAUUUUACAACGCAGCCACUAAGCAAUGUGAGGAGUUCGGAUUUGGCGGUUGCCAAGGCAAUGCCAAUAAUUUCAACACAGUGCAAGAGUGCCAGCAAACAUGUGCUGUCGGUAUUGAUCCGGCGACUGUCACAACAAAACCGCCACCUCCGGCCACAUGUGCAGAUCUAAACUGCCCAAGUGGAACGGUCUGCGUCCAAGACACAAUAUUCUGUGUUACUGCCCCCUGUCCACAGCCACCACCUGUAUGCGUGCCUGUCCGAGAGUCCUGCAGAGGUGGCCAGGUGUACAACGAGUGCGGUUCUGCCUGCACCGCCACGUGUGAGAACAUGGGCAAUAUUGUCUGCACUCUUCAGUGCGUCCCUGGAUGUCACUGUCCUCCCGACAGACCACUUCUACGCAACGGAAACUGCCUCAAAGCUUCCGAGUGCCCUGACGCACGAACGGCACCCCCACCGCCAGAUUCAACCUGCACCGGUGGCCGAGUGUUUUCCGAGUGUGCAUCCCCCUGUGAUCCCACCUGUGAAGAACCUAACCCUAUUUGUGCAACGGUGUGCGUCGGCCGCUGUGCAUGCCCCUCUGGGACGCUGCUGCACGAAGGCAACUGUAUCAGUAAUGAUGCCUGUCCUAGGAAAACGUGUCCUAUACCUGGCCAGGUGUUUAAGGAAUGUGGGUCUGUGUGUGAGAGAACCUGCCAAGAACCCAACCCCGCCUGCACGCGCCAGUGUGUCCAAAAGUGUGAGUGCCCCCAGGACGCGCCCAUUUUGGAUAACGGGAAAUGUGUGCCUUUGAACCAGUGCCCUGUAACGCCACAAGGAUGCACGGGUGGACAGGUCUUCAAUAGGUGCGGAUCUGCAUGCGAGACAACGUGCCAGACAGUCUUCGAGUCUCCUAGGCCGUGUACAUUGCAAUGUGUGGAAAAAUGUGAAUGCCCACCUGAUAAACCAGUCUUCCACAACGGACAGUGUAUCACGAAGUCUCAGUGCCCAAUACCAAAAUGUUCCGGGGGCCAAGUCUUCAAUGAAUGUGGUUCUGCUUGCACCAGGACCUGCAGUGAUGAAGCUCUGUUCUGCACACUGCAGUGUGUCCCCCGCUGUGAGUGCCCGGCAGACAGACCCGUACUGAGCGAUAACGGUGAAUGCAUCAGGGAUAGCGACUGCAAGAAACCAACAAAUUAUUGAAAGUAGUUUUGUGUAUAAAUCUAUGUGAGCUAAUGAGUUUGUAUCCGGAACAGUCGCGACAUUGUGUUUCCAUUAGAUUUCGUUAUAGCAACGAUUACACACUAAAUGUUCAUUGUGGAAUUCCAGGGGUGCGGGCACUACAUAGGAGUGCAUAACAUCCAUUCUAACUUUUGACUUCAUGUUAUUGUAUUUCAUAUGCAAUAAGGUAUUAGUAAAGAUAAAAUGAUGUCAAGAGUGAAAACCAUUAGUCACUAAAUAACGACGAAGGAGCACGGACACCGCAUAAACAGAACGCUUCGGAGACUACAUGAAUGAAGGAUACAUCUAGUCUAGAAUCCACCAAGUACUAAAAUCUAGUGUACAGAAUACAUUCACAUGUUAAUAAUUAUGUUUUCCUCUUGUAACUGCCAUGUUAUUUACAAAAAAUUAUUGUAGUCGAAUGUCUCGCUAACCAGUUCAAAAUUAGAUAUUUUGAUUUAUGGGACACUAGAUAGCCUACUAUAACAGAUUUAAGAACAGCACCGGUCUAAUUUUUUAACAAAGCAGGUAGAUGCGAUCAAAUACUGUAUCUAACUGCUGCAUUUUGAAUUAGAAAAGCACUCAGAAAGCGCAGACCUCCGCCAAGCACCCUGUAGUUAUAAACUGUGGUAGUUGAGAGCACGUCUAUCUAUGGUACAAGGUGAAGGUCGUUGGCCCUCUCUCGCAUUAAAGAAUUAUUUUAAAAAUUGGCAACCCGAUUGUGACCCGAUCACGGAUCAACACCAAACUUUUAAUACAACACUUGCAAAUUAGCCCAUUUGUGACCUUUCCUGAGGAUUUCACCAAAAUCCAUCAAUAAUUUGAGUUAGGCUGGUGUCAACAAACGGGCAAACAUACGGACGAACGGAGAUGAAAGCAUAACUUCCUUGGCGGAGGUGACAACGCAGAAGCACGCAAUUGCAAUAGUUGAGACAGGUGCAUCUCUAAUAUCUCUAAUAACUUUUAGUAUGUGUAUCUGUAGGUCUAUAUCAUUAUAACAUUUGAAAUACAUCAUCCAUUCACUGUUCCCCGCGGUCCCUUACAUAGUGGCAGAACUCUAAUAUGUAGUAUAGAGAAAUUGUUGUGUAAAGGGAGUGUAAACAGCUAGCUGCUAAUAAAAGUAGUAUGAUUGUUUUAUUACCUGAAUUAAAACGUGGGAAUGUAAAAAAACGAUAUAUUUAUCUGUUUAUGGUAUAAGAUGAAAUAAUGUAGUGCGUCAUAAAAGAAUCUUCACUUUUCAGAUUGAGUCACCUUGGUGAGGGGAAUAGAAUUUUGAUUGUUCUUGUAGAUUUUCUUUUUUAACCGUUUGGCUCUCAAACUUAGGUUUGGUUCGUCGGUAAUCCAAUAGCGGUCUCGAAAGCACGAUUCAACAACCCAGUAAAGUCUACGCGAUAAUCCAAAACAUUGAGAAUGAGCGAAAAUAUGUGUGACAAAGUAAAUAGCACCGUUUCUUAUUGUGAUGUCUAGAAUGAAAAACAAAAUUUGGAUACCUUUGAAAAACGCAUUAAUUUUUUUAUGUAUCAAAUAUCCCCGACAUGUUAUUUUUGGGAUAAAAAUAAACAUUUAAAUAUACAUCUGGUUGACUAAAUAAUAUCCACCCUGAUAUUGUAAAGAAUAAACCUAUCAUUGAUUCGUGACUCUACGAACUCUAUGUGAAUUUGACUGCGUUCCACGUUGCAUAACGCAAGUUACAGAUUAUUUUCGGCAGUUUUCGAUUGUCUGUGGCCAAAAGAAGAUUUCAAAAAAUUAAAAAAAUAUCAGCGUGUAGUUGUAAAGCAAGCUGUCUUGGAAGUUAUAGUAUGAAGUUAUAGUAUGAAAUGAUGUAGGCCUAGCAUAACCAGCUUUUAGAUUUUAAUGCUUUUAAACCGUUUGUUUUCUGACACCAGCUUACUAAUUCAAGAGCCUAUUCAUAGCAAUUAUGUUAUUUUUGAUAAACAUAAUUAUGGUUUCCCCGUUGUUAGACAAUAAUGAUAAUAAAACUUUUAGAAUUUGAA